CUCUCCUUAUCCUUGCCUUGAAUCAUCCCCAGUAUCUCCCUGUAAAAUGAACGACUGCUUUUCUGCAAGAUUGGAAGGCAGAGUUCGAGGAACUCUGAAAAAAGUUUUUGGAUUUGAUUCUUUCAAGACUUCAUUGCAGGAAAGGGCAAUAAUGACAGUGGCUAAAGGUGAAAAGGACGUCUUUAUAUGUAUGCCCACUGGGGCAGGGAAAUCUCUGUGCUACCAGCUUCCUGCAGUCCUGGCAUCAGGCAUCACCAUUGUCAUUUCACCUUUAAUUGCACUGAUUCAGGACCAAGUGGAUCAUUUGCUUUCGCUGAAUGUGAAAGUAAGCUCUCUAAACUCCAAAAUUUCUGUUCAGGAGAAAAAGACCAUCCUUGCUGACUUGACGAGUGAGAAACCCCAGAUAAAGCUCUUGUACAUCACACCAGAGAUGGCAGCGUCCUCUUCCUUUCAGCCCACUUUGGAGGUUCUGGUGUCCCGAAAUCUUCUGACUUAUCUGAUAGUUGAUGAGGCUCACUGUGUCUCCCAGUGGGGACAUGACUUCCGGCCAGACUACCUGCGGCUUGGUUCCCUGCGUCGUCGUAUACCCAGUGCACCAUGUGUAGCCUUGACUGCCACAGCUACCAAGCAAGUUCAAGAUGACAUUGUAGCAUCUCUAAAACUAAAGCUGCCUGUUGCCACCUUCAAGACGUCUUGUUUCAGGUCCAACCUGUUCUAUUCUGUGCAAUAUAAAGAGCUCUUAACGGAUCCUUAUGAAAACCUGAAAGAUUUCUGUCUGAAGGCUCUUGGGCAGAAGAACACUACUGGGGGCUAUUUGGGCUGUGGAAUUAUCUACUGCCGGAUGAGAGAAGUCUGUGAGCAGUUAGCUAUUGAGCUAAGUCACAGGGGAGUGAGAGCCAAGGCCUAUCACGCAGGAUUGAAGGCAGCAGACAGAACAUUGGUUCAGAAUGAAUGGAUGGAGGAGAAAGUUCCUGUAAUUGUUGCUACCAUCAGUUUUGGCAUGGGAGUUGACAAAGCCAAUGUUAGAUUUGUUGCACAUUGGAAUAUGGCAAAGUCUAUGGCUGGAUAUUAUCAGGAAUCAGGAAGGGCUGGAAGAGAUGGGAAGACAUCCUUUUGUCGCCUUUAUUACUCUCGGACUGACAGGGAUCAACUCAGCUUCUUAAUCAAGAAAGAAAUUGCUAAACUCCAGGAGAAGCGAGGCACCUUGAAAGAAUCAGAUAAAGCUAUGAUGUCAGAUUUUGAUGCUAUGGUGGCCUUCUGUGGAGAGCUGGGCUGUCGUCACGCUGCCAUAGCCAAAUACUUUGGGGAUGCCACCCCACAGUGCAACAAAUGCUGUGAUUAUUGUAAGAACCCAGCAGCUGUGAAGAAGCAACUUGAAGCCCUGGAGCAGUGCACCAACAGCUGGAACCGGACCCACAUUGGAUCCUCUGCUAACUCGUCAGAUCCAGAGUUAUAUGAAGGAGGAAGAAGGGGCUGUGGUGGCUUCAGCACGUACGAUGAAGACAGUAGGAGCGUGGACGAAGCCAAUGAAGAGAAUCGGAAAAAGGAAUGGAAUAACUUUUAUAAGCAACAGAUGAAGCUUCGCAAGGGUAAAGAGGUCGAAAAAGACAGUUUUGUCCCCCCAGAUGCUGAUUGUCCCUUGAAGGAUGCAGCCAGCAGGAAAAUAGCCAGAAUCACAGUGAAGGCUAGAGAGCACUGCCUGAAGAUGUUAGAAGAAGCACUGAGCAGCAAUCUGCAAGCCGGGCUAACAAAAAAUGGGUCAGAUCCUCUAACAUGUGCCGUGGAAAUGGAGUAUGAUGCUUUCCAGAUGAGUAAGACAGCAAAUUUGUACAAGGCAGCUGUUCUCAAGAAGGUGGGAGAAAUUAACAAGGCUUCCAAAGAUGGAGAGCUGUAUUCUGCACUUGCCUUGGGAGUCAAUGGCUGCCCCAGGGUAAAAGCUGAACCAACUGCAACAGCUGAUGAUGGUUUCUAUAUACCAUCCAAGGUGAACACGUUCAAACCCAAGAGGUUGGGAAUUGGAUUUCAGAAGACGUCAGAUGUGUUCCAGUCAGCUUCAGAAGUUUUGGUGGCCAAGGAGAAGGAUGAAGUUAAACCUGACAAAGAGGAAAUGAGCCCAAGCUGGAAAGGUGACUGCAGUCAUAACCCUGAGUCUGGGGACAUUGCUAGCGCUCCUGAGAACAAAGUGAAAGUAACCAAAGAAAGCAGAACUGCUGGUGAAGUUCUUGAGGAGGGGCAGCAAAGCACUUCCCAUCCUACAGCCUCCUUGGGAGUUAGUCCCACCAAGAAGAGCAAACCUACCAAAAAGCAGCUGCUGCUGGCAGAAGCAGCUAGGAAAGAAUCUCAGAACAUUUCCAAAUUCUUCUCUAGCCAGAAAACAGGCUCUAAGGUCUUGGACUCAGCACUUGAUUUAGCAGAGGAGGAGGAAAACUGUUACCUCAGUGAACUGCCACCAUUUCCUUCCCAAAGACUGUGUGAGGAGAAAGAAUGCCCAGAAACGGAAAUGAUCUCCCAAGAAGAAAUAGCUGGCGCAUCCCACCUAGAAAUGCAGGAGUUGAGGGAAACAGGGGACAGUCUCAAUUCAGGAACAGAAACCUCAUGCCCAGGGUCACCCCUUGGAAAACCACGAGAAGAUCUAAUUAUUCCUCUCCCCAGCAGUGCUAAGCCUUUCGUUGAAGAUGAAAUAGCUAACGGCAGUGGAAACUGUAAUGGAAAGAGACCAGGAUCAGUUGAGGACAUGGAAAACCCUGCUGAAAAGAGGCUUCGGACCAUGACGAAUUCUUCCAUCGUGUUGCAGUCAGAGGGCAAGGUUGGUGGCCCUGUGAAAAAAAAGGUCACCUUUGAUCCAAACUUGUCACAAGUCGAUAAGGAAGGAACCACUAAAAUCAUUCAGCCAUCUACAAAGGCGUUGUCCCUAAAGGAGACCGCAGACAUUGUUGUCAAAUACUUAACCCCUUUCUACAAAGGUGGCAAAUUUGCUUCCAAGGAUCUAUUCAAGGGGUUUGCCCGACACCUUUCUCAUUUGCUGGCUGCAGACAAGAGUCCUCUCCGCAAGACUGUGAAAGAAGAGGCACAGAGGCUGAUCAAGGGAUUUUUCAAAACUCGAGGCCGGUGUGAAAAUGAGACAGACUGGCUGGAGUUGACCAACUUGGAAACAUGACAUGGGACACAUACCGGUUCUCUCUG